AUGGCAUCUGGGGAGGUGCAUCUGGGAAGGUGUAUCUGGGGAGGUGCAUCUGGGAAUGUGUAUCUGGGGAAGCUGGGCGGGAAGGAGAGCAAGGAGGUGGUGGAAGUGGCGGUGAAGAAGCAGAAUUCGGAGAGUUCUCAGGGGCUUGAUGAAUGGCUGGCGGAGAUAGUGCUGCUGAGGAAGCUGCACCAUCCCAAUCUGGUGGAGCUGAUAGGCUACUGUGCAGAAAAGGGCGAGGCGCUGCUCGUGUACGGGCUCUGCCCCAAUGGCAGCCUGGACGACCGCCUAUUCCCCCGGCGAGGCGCUGCUGGUGUACGGGCCGUGCCCCAACGGUGGCUUGGACGACCGGCUGUUUCCACAGGGGGCAGCUUGCAGGGGGCACACAUGGAUCAUGUGGAUAGCACAGGGGGCAGCUCGCAGGGGGCACACAUGGAUCAUCUGGAUAGCACAGGGGGCAGCUUGCAGGGGGCACACAUGGAUCAUCUGGAUAGCACAGGGGGCAGCUUGCAGGGGGCACACAUGGAUCAUCUGGAUAGCACAGGGGGCAGCUUGCAGGGGGCACACAUGGAUCAUUUGGAUAGCACAGGGGGCAGCUUGCAGGGGGCAUACAUGGAUCAUUUGGAUAGCACAGGGGGCAGCUUGCAGGGGGCACACAUGGAUCAUCUGGAUAGCACAGGGGGCAGCUUGCAGGGGGCACACAUGGAUCAUCUGGAUAGCACAGGGGGCAGCUUGCAGGGGGCACACAUGGAUCAUCUGGAUAGCACAGGGGGCAGCUUGCAGGGGGCACACAUGGAUCAUCUGGAUAGCACAGGGGGCAGCUUGCAGGGGGCACACAUGGAUCAUCUGGAUAGCACAGGGGGCAGCUUGCAGGGGGCACACAUGGAUCAUCUGGAUAGCACAGGGGGCAGCUUGCAGGGGGCACACAUGGAUCAUCUGGAUAGCACAGGGGGCAGCUUGCAGGGGGCACACAUGGAUCAUUUGGAUAGCACAGGGGGCAGCUUGCAGGGGGCACACAUGGAUCAUCUGGAUAGCACAGGGGGCAGCUUGCAGGGGGCACACAUGGAUCAUUUGGAUAGCACAGGGGGCAGCUUGCAGGGGGCACACAUGGAUCAUCUGGAUAGCACAGGGGGCAGCUUGCAGGGGGCACACAUGGAUCAUCUGGAUAGCACAGGGGGCAGCUUGCAGGGGGCACACAUGGAUCAUCUGGAUAGCACAGGGGGCAGCUUGCAGGGGGCACACAUGGAUCAUUUGGAUAGCACAGGGGGCAGCUUGCAGGGGGCAUACAUGGAUCAUUUGGAUAGCACAGGGGGCAGCUUGCAGGGGGCACACAUGGAUCAUCUGGAUAGCACAGGGGGCAGCUUGCAGGGGGCACACAUGGAUCAUCUGGAUAGCACAGGGGGCAGCUUGCAGGGGGCACACAUGGAUCAUCUGGAUAGCACAGGGGGCAGCUUGCAGGGGGCACACAUGGAUCAUGUGAAUAGCACAGGGGGCAGCUUGCAGGGGGCACACAUGGAUCAUCUGGAUAGCACAGGGGGCAGCUUGCAGGGGGCACACAUGGAUCAUCUGGAUAGCACAGGGGGCAGCUUGCAGGGGGCACACAUGGAUCAUCUGGAUAGCACAGGGGGCAGCUUGCAGGGGGCACACAUGGAUCAUUUGGAUAGCACAGGGGGCAGCUUGCAGGGGGCACACAUGGAUCAUCUGGAUAGCACAGGGGGCAGCUUGCAGGGGGCACACAUGGAUCAUUUGGAUAGCACAGGGGGCAGCUUGCAGGGGGCACACAUGGAUCAUGUGGAUAGCACAGGGGGCAGCUUGCAGGGGGCACACAUGGAUCAUCUGGAUAGCACAGGGGGCAGCUUGCAGGGGGCACACAUGGAUCAUCUGGAUAGCACAGGGGGCAGCUUGCAGGGGGCACACAUGGAUCAUCUGGAUAGCACAGGGGGCAGCUUGCAGGGGGCACACAUGGAUCAUUUGGAUAGCACAGGGGGCAGCUUGCAGGGGGCACACAUGGAUCAUCUGGAUAGCACAGGGGGCAGCUUGCAGGGGGCACACAUGGAUCAUCUGGAUAGCACAGGGGGCAGCUUGCAGGGGGCACACAUGGAUCAUGUGGAUAGCACAGGGGGCAGCUUGCAGGGGGCACACAUGGAUCAUGUGGAUAGCACAGGGGGCAGCUUGCAGGGGGCACACAUGGAUCAUCUGGAUAGCACAGGGGGCAGCUUGCAGGGGGCACACAUGGAUCAUGUGGAUAGCACAGGGGGCAGCUUGCAGGGGGCACACAUGGAUCAUCUGGAUAGCACAGGGGGCAGCUUGCAGGGGGCACACAUGGAUCAUGUGGAUAGCACAGGGGGCAGCUUGCAGGGGGCACACAUGGAUCAUUUGGAUAGCACAGGGGGCAGCUUGCAGGGGGCACACAUGGAUCAUCUGGAUAGCACAGGGGGCAGCUUGCAGGGGGCACACAUGGAUCAUCUGGAUAGCACAGGGGGCAGCUUGCAGGGGGCACACAUGGAUCAUUUGGAUAGCACAGGGGGCAGCUUGCAGGGGGCACACAUGGAUCAUGUGGAUAGCACAGGGGGCAGCUUGCAGGGGGCACACAUGGAUCAUCUGGAUAGCACAGGGGGCAGCUUGCAGGGGGCACACAUGGAUCAUGUGGAUAGCACAGGGGGCAGCUUGCAGGGGGCACACAUGGAUCAUGUGGAUAGCACAGGGGGCAGCUUGCAGGGGGCACACAUGGAUCAUGUGGAUAGCACAGGGGGCAGCUUGCAGGGGGCACACAUGGAUCAUGUGGAUAGCACAGGGGGCAGCUUGCAGGGGGCACACAUGGAUCAUCUGGAUAGCACAGGGGGCAGCUUGCAGGGGGCACACAUGGAUCAUGUGGAUAGCACAGGGGGCAGCUUGCAGGGGGCACACAUGGAUCAUCUGGAUAGCACAGGGGGCAGCUUGCAGGGGGCACACAUGGAUCAUGUGGAUAGCACAGGGGGCAGCUUGCAGGGGGCACACAUGGAUCAUGUGGAUAGCACAGGGGGCAGCUUGCAGGGGGCACACAUGGAUCAUCUGGAUAGCACAGGGGGCAGCUUGCAGGGGGCACACAUGGAUCAUGUGGAUAGCACAGGGGGCAGCUUGCAGGGGGCACACAUGGAUCAUGUGGAUAGCACAGGGGGCAGCUUGCAGGGGGCACACAUGGAUCAUGUGGAUAGCACAGGGGGCAGCUUGCAGGGGGCACACAUGGAUCAUGUGGAUAGCACAGGGGGCAGCUUGCAGGGGGCACACAUGGAUCAUGUGGAUAGCACAGGGGGCAGCUUGCAGGGGGCACACAUGGAUCAUGUGGAUAGCACAGGGGGCAGCUUGCAGGGGGCACACAUGGAUCAUGUGGAUAGCACAGGGGGCAGCUUGCAGGGGGCACACAUGGAUCAUGUGGAUAGCACAGGGGGCAGCUUGCAGGGGGCACACAUGGAUCAUGUGGAUAGCACAGGGGGCAGCUUGCAGGGGGCACACAUGGAUCAUGUGGAUAGCACAGGGGGCAGCUUGCAGGGGGCACACAUGGAUCAUGUGGAUAGCACAGGGGGCAGCUUGCAGGGGGCACACAUGGAUCAUGUGGAUAGCACAGGGGGCAGCUUGCAGGGGGCACACAUGGAUCAUGUGGAUAGCACAGGGGGCAGCUUGCAGGGGGCACACAUGGAUCAUGUGGAUAGCACAGGGGGCAGCUUGCAGGGGGCACACAUGGAUCAUGUGGAUAGCACAGGGGGCAGCUUGCAGGGGGCACACAUGGAUCAUCUGGAUAGCACAGGGGGCAGCUUGCAGGGGGCACACAUGGAUCAUGUGGAUAGCACAGGGGGCAGCUUGCAGGGGGCACACAUGGAUCAUCUGGAUAGCACAGGGGGCAGCUUGCAGGGGGCACACAUGGAUCAUGUGGAUAGCACAGGGGGCAGCUUGCAGGGGGCACACAUGGAUCAUGUGGAUAGCACAGGGGGCAGCUUGCAGGGGGCACACAUGGAUCAUCUGGAUAGCACAGGGGGCAGCUUGCAGGGGGCACACAUGGAUCAUCUGGAUAGCACAGGGGGCAGCUUGCAGGGGGCACACAUGGAUCAUGUGGAUAGCACAGGGGGCAGCUUGCAGGGGGCACACAUGGAUCAUCUGGAUAGCACAGGGGGCAGCUUGCAGGGGGCACACAUGGAUCAUCUGGAUAGCACAGGGGGCAGCUUGCAGGGGGCACACAUGGAUCAUCUGGAUAGCACAGGGGGCAGCUUGCAGGGGGCACACAUGGAUCAUUUGGAUAGCACAGGGGGCAGCUUGCAGGGGGCACACAUGGAUCAUCUGGAUAGCACAGGGGGCAGCUUGCAGGGGGCACACAUGGAUCAUUUGGAUAGCACAGGGGGCAGCUUGCAGGGGGCACACAUGGAUCAUGUGGAUAGCACAGGGGGCAGCUUGCAGGGGGCACACAUGGAUCAUCUGGAUAGCACAGGGGGCAGCUUGCAGGGGGCACACAUGGAUCAUCUGGAUAGCACAGGGGGCAGCUUGCAGGGGGCACACAUGGAUCAUCUGGAUAGCACAGGGGGCAGCUUGCAGGGGGCACACAUGGAUCAUUUGGAUAGCACAGGGGGCAGCUUGCAGGGGGCACACAUGGAUCAUCUGGAUAGCACAGGGGGCAGCUUGCAGGGGGCACACAUGGAUCAUCUGGAUAGCACAGGGGGCAGCUUGCAGGGGGCACACAUGGAUCAUGUGGAUAGCACAGGGGGCAGCUUGCAGGGGGCACACAUGGAUCAUGUGGAUAGCACAGGGGGCAGCUUGCAGGGGGCACACAUGGAUCAUCUGGAUAGCACAGGGGGCAGCUUGCAGGGGGCACACAUGGAUCAUGUGGAUAGCACAGGGGGCAGCUUGCAGGGGGCACACAUGGAUCAUCUGGAUAGCACAGGGGGCAGCUUGCAGGGGGCACACAUGGAUCAUGUGGAUAGCACAGGGGGCAGCUUGCAGGGGGCACACAUGGAUCAUUUGGAUAGCACAGGGGGCAGCUUGCAGGGGGCACACAUGGAUCAUGUGGAUAGCACAGGGGGCAGCUUGCAGGGGGCACACAUGGAUCAUGUGGAUAGCACAGGGGGCAGCUUGCAGGGGGCACACAUGGAUCAUGUGGAUAGCACAGGGGGCAGCUUGCAGGGGGCACACAUGGAUCAUGUGGAUAGCACAGGGGGCAGCUUGCAGGGGGCACACAUGGAUCAUCUGGAUAGCACAGGGGGCAGCUUGCAGGGGGCACACAUGGAUCAUGUGGAUAGCACAGGGGGCAGCUUGCAGGGGGCACACAUGGAUCAUGUGGAUAGCACAGGGGGCAGCUUGCAGGGGGCACACAUGGAUCAUGUGGAUAGCACAGGGGGCAGCUUGCAGGGGGCACACAUGGAUCAUGUGGAUAGCACAGGGGGCAGCUUGCAGGGGGCACACAUGGAUCAUGUGGAUAGCACAGGGGGCAGCUUGCAGGGGGCACACAUGGAUCAUGUGGAUAGCACAGGGGGCAGCUUGCAGGGGGCACACAUGGAUCAUGUGGAUAGCACAGGGGGCAGCUUGCAGGGGGCACACAUGGAUCAUGUGGAUAGCACAGGGGGCAGCUUGCAGGGGGCACACAUGGAUCAUGUGGAUAGCACAGGGGGCAGCUUGCAGGGGGCACACAUGGAUCAUGUGGAUAGCACAGGGGGCAGCUUGCAGGGGGCACACAUGGAUCAUCUGGAUAGCACAGGGGGCAGCUUGCAGGGGGCACACAUGGAUCAUGUGGAUAGCACAGGGGGCAGCUUGCAGGGGGCACACAUGGAUCAUGUGGAUAGCACAGGGGGCAGCUUGCAGGGGGCACACAUGGAUCAUGUGGAUAGCACAGGGGGCAGCUUGCAGGGGGCACACAUGGAUCAUGUGGAUAGCACAGGGGGCAGCUUGCAGGGGGCACACAUGGAUCAUGUGGAUAGCACAGGGGGCAGCUUGCAGGGGGCACACAUGGAUCAUGUGGAUAGCACAGGGGGCAGCUUGCAGGGGGCACACAUGGAUCAUGUGGAUAGCACAGGGGGCAGCUUGCAGGGGGCACACAUGGAUCAUGUGGAUAGCACAGGGGGCAGCUUGCAGGGGGCACACAUGGAUCAUGUGGAUAGCACAGGGGGCAGCUUGCAGGGGGCACACAUGGAUCAUGUGGAUAGCACAGGGGGCAGCUUGCAGGGGGCACACAUGGAUCAUGUGGAUAGCACAGGGGGCAGCUUGCAGGGGGCACACAUGGAUCAUGUGGAUAGCACAGGGGGCAGCUUGCAGGGGGCACACAUGGAUCAUGUGGAUAGCACAGGGGGCAGCUUGCAGGGGGCACACAUGGAUCAUGUGGAUAGCACAGGGGGCAGCUUGCAGGGGGCACACAUGGAUCAUGUGGAUAGCACAGGGGGCAGCUUGCAGGGGGCACACAUGGAUCAUGUGGAUAGCACAGGGGGCAGCUUGCAGGGGGCACACAUGGAUCAUGUGGAUAGCACAGGGGGCAGCUUGCAGGGGGCACACAUGGAUCAUGUGGAUAGCACAGGGGGCAGCUUGCAGGGGGCACACAUGGAUCAUGUGGAUAGCACAGGGGGCAGCUUGCAGGGGGCACACAUGGAUCAUGUGGAUAGCACAGGGGGCAGCUUGCAGGGGGCACACAUGGAUCAUGUGGAUAGCACAGGGGGCAGCUUGCAGGGGGCACACAUGGAUCAUGUGGAUAGCACAGGGGGCAGCUUGCAGGGGGCACACAUGGAUCAUGUGGAUAGCACAGGGGGCAGCUUGCAGGGGGCACACAUGGAUCAUGUGGAUAGCACAGGGGGCAGCUUGCAGGGGGCACACAUGGAUCAUGUGGAUAGCACAGGGGGCAGCUUGCAGGGGGCACACAUGGAUCAUGUGGAUAGCACAGGGGGCAGCUUGCAGGGGGCACACAUGGAUCAUCUGGAUAGCACAGGGGGCAGCUUGCAGGGGGCACACAUGGAUCAUGUGGAUAGCACAGGGGGCAGCUUGCAGGGGGCACACAUGGAUCAUGUGGAUAGCACAGGGGGCAGCUUGCAGGGGGCACACAUGGAUCAUGUGGAUAGCACAGGGGGCAGCUUGCAGGGGGCACACAUGGAUCAUGUGGAUAGCACAGGGGGCAGCUUGCAGGGGGCACACAUGGAUCAUGUGGAUAGCACAGGGGGCAGCUUGCAGGGGGCACACAUGGAUCAUCUGGAUAGCACAGGGGGCAGCUUGCAGGGGGCACACAUGGAUCAUGUGGAUAGCACAGGGGGCAGCUUGCAGGGGGCACACAUGGAUCAUGUGGAUAGCACAGGGGGCAGCUUGCAGGGGGCACACAUGGAUCAUGUGGAUAGCACAGGGGGCAGCUUGCAGGGGGCACACAUGGAUCAUCUGGAUAGCACAGGGGGCAGCUUGCAGGGGGCACACAUGGAUCAUCUGGAUAGCACAGGGGGCAGCUUGCAGGGGGCACACAUGGAUCAUGUGGAUAGCACAGGGGGCAGCUUGCAGGGGGCACACAUGGAUCAUCUGGAUAGCACAGGGGGCAGCUUGCAGGGGGCACACAUGGAUCAUCUGGAUAGCACAGGGGGCAGCUUGCAGGGGGCACACAUGGAUCAUGUGGAUAGCACAGGGGGCAGCUUGCAGGGGGCACACAUGGAUCAUCUGGAUAGCACAGGGGGCAGCUUGCAGGGGGCACACAUGGAUCAUCUGGAUAGCACAGGGGGCAGCUUGCAGGGGGCACACAUGGAUCAUCUGGAUAGCACAGGGGGCAGCUUGCAGGGGGCACACAUGGAUCAUUUGGAUAGCACAGGGGGCAGCUUGCAGGGGGCACACAUGGAUCAUCUGGAUAGCACAGGGGGCAGCUUGCAGGGGGCACACAUGGAUCAUUUGGAUAGCACAGGGGGCAGCUUGCAGGGGGCACACAUGGAUCAUGUGGAUAGCACAGGGGGCAGCUUGCAGGGGGCACACAUGGAUCAUCUGGAUAGCACAGGGGGCAGCUUGCAGGGGGCACACAUGGAUCAUCUGGAUAGCACAGGGGGCAGCUUGCAGGGGGCACACAUGGAUCAUGUGGAUAGCACAGGGGGCAGCUUGCAGGGGGCACACAUGGAUCAUCUGGAUAGCACAGGGGGCAGCUUGCAGGGGGCACACAUGGAUCAUCUGGAUAGCACAGGGGGCAGCUUGCAGGGGGCACACAUGGAUCAUCUGGAUAGCACAGGGGGCAGCUUGCAGGGGGCACACAUGGAUCAUUUGGAUAGCACAGGGGGCAGCUUGCAGGGGGCACACAUGGAUCAUUUGGAUAGCACAGGGGGCAGCUUGCAGGGGGCACACAUGGAUCAUGUGGAUAGCACAGGGGGCAGCUUGCAGGGGGCACACAUGGAUCAUGUGGAUAGCACAGGGGGCAGCUUGCAGGGGGCACACAUGGAUCAUGUGGAUAGCACAGGGGGCAGCUUGCAGGGGGCACACAUGGAUCAUGUGGAUAGCACAGGGGGCAGCUUGCAGGGGGCACACAUGGAUCAUGUGGAUAGCACAGGGGGCAGCUUGCAGGGGGCACACAUGGAUCAUGUGGAUAGCACAGGGGGCAGCUUGCAGGGGGCACACAUGGAUCAUGUGGAUAGCACAGGGGGCAGCUUGCAGGGGGCACACAUGGAUCAUGUGGAUAGCACAGGGGGCAGCUUGCAGGGGGCACACAUGGAUCAUGUGGAUAGCACAGGGGGCAGCUUGCAGGGGGCACACAUGGAUCAUGUGGAUAGCACAGGGGGCAGCUUGCAGGGGGCACACAUGGAUCAUGUGGAUAGCACAGGGGGCAGCUUGCAGGGGGCACACAUGGAUCAUGUGGAUAGCACAGGGGGCAGCUUGCAGGGGGCACACAUGGAUCAUGUGGAUAGCACAGGGGGCAGCUUGCAGGGGGCACACAUGGAUCAUGUGGAUAGCACAGGGGGCAGCUUGCAGGGGGCACACAUGGAUCAUGUGGAUAGCACAGGGGGCAGCUUGCAGGGGGCACACAUGGAUCAUGUGGAUAGCACAGGGGGCAGCUUGCAGGGGGCACACAUGGAUCAUGUGGAUAGCACAGGGGGCAGCUUGCAGGGGGCACACAUGGAUCAUGUGGAUAGCACAGGGGGCAGCUUGCAGGGGGCACACAUGGAUCAUGUGGAUAGCACAGGGGGCAGCUUGCAGGGGGCACACAUGGAUCAUGUGGAUAGCACAGGGGGCAGCUUGCAGGGGGCACACAUGGAUCAUGUGGAUAGCACAGGGGGCAGCUUGCAGGGGGCACACAUGGAUCAUGUGGAUAGCACAGGGGGCAGCUUGCAGGGGGCACACAUGGAUCAUGUGGAUAGCACAGGGGGCAGCUUGCAGGGGGCACACAUGGAUCAUGUGGAUAGCACAGGGGGCAGCUUGCAGGGGGCACACAUGGAUCAUGUGGAUAGCACAGGGGGCAGCUUGCAGGGGGCACACAUGGAUCAUGUGGAUAGCACAGGGGGCAGCUUGCAGGGGGCACACAUGGAUCAUGUGGAUAGCACAGGGGGCAGCUUGCAGGGGGCACACAUGGAUCAUGUGGAUAGCACAGGGGGCAGCUUGCAGGGGGCACACAUGGAUCAUGUGGAUAGCACAGGGGGCAGCUUGCAGGGGGCACACAUGGAUCAUGUGGAUAGCACAGGGGGCAGCUUGCAGGGGGCACACAUGGAUCAUGUGGAUAGCACAGGGGGCAGCUUGCAGGGGGCACACAUGGAUCAUGUGGAUAGCACAGGGGGCAGCUUGCAGGGGGCACACAUGGAUCAUGUGGAUAGCACAGGGGGCAGCUUGCAGGGGGCACACAUGGAUCAUGUGGAUAGCACAGGGGGCAGCUUGCAGGGGGCACACAUGGAUCAUGUGGAUAGCACAGGGGGCAGCUUGCAGGGGGCACACAUGGAUCAUGUGGAUAGCACAGGGGGCAGCUUGCAGGGGGCACACAUGGAUCAUCUGGAUAGCACAGGGGGCAGCUUGCAGGGGGCACACAUGGAUCAUCUGGAUAGCACAGGGGGCAGCUUGCAGGGGGCACACAUGGAUCAUGUGGAUAGCACAGGGGGCAGCUUGCAGGGGGCACACAUGGAUCAUCUGGAUAGCACAGGGGGCAGCUUGCAGGGGGCACACAUGGAUCAUCUGGAUAGCACAGGGGGCAGCUUGCAGGGGGCACACAUGGAUCAUGUGGAUAGCACAGGGGGCAGCUUGCAGGGGGCACACAUGGAUCAUCUGGAUAGCACAGGGGGCAGCUUGCAGGGGGCACACAUGGAUCAUGUGGAUAGCACAGGGGGCAGCUUGCAGGGGGCACACAUGGAUCAUCUGGAUAGCACAGGGGGCAGCUCUCACAUCAACCUGUCCUCCCACUUCCCCCCUUACCCCUGCGUCCUCCUCUCCCCUCUCAUCACAUGCAUCCAGGGCCAAUGGAGGAAAGCAUUCAGGAGGGAGGUCGAUAUCAUUGACUGGCCCACACGCGUGCGGAUAGCGCAGGGAGCAGCGCAGGGGCUGCUGCAUCUACACGAGAACAAGGUCAUUCACCGCGACUUAAAGCCGUCCAACAUCUUAUUGGAUCAGGACAUGCAAGCACGCAUCACGGAUUUCGGCAUGGCGAAGCAGUCGGCCAGCAGCGUGAGCCACAUCUCGACGCGAGUGAUGGGCACGAUGGGGUAUUUGGAUCCCGAGUACAUGGAGACGGGGUGUCUGAGGGAUAAGAGCGACGUUUACUCGCUAGGGGUCAUCCUGCUACAGAUGCUAACAGGCCGCGAUGCUGUGUCCAAGGAAGGCAACAUGCUAACAGGCCGCGAUGCUGUGUCCAAGGAAGGCAAUGUGAAGCUUGUGGCUUGGAUGGGGCCGCACCUGUACCCCAACAUCACCGAACCUGAGGCUUGGAUCGACCCGAACCUGCAGGGCAGGUUCUCCCGCCGAGGCGCCAAGAUGCUGGCAGCCGUGGCGAAGCAGUGCUCCGCCCGGCACAAGGAGGACCGGCCGGAGAUGAGUGACGUGGCACAAGCUCUGAUGUCCGUGCCUCUUGCUGAUUGA